AUGGUUGUGGAGGAUCGUUUGGUGAGUGAUGAUGUUUCCGGUGACGAUUUUCCUGAUGGUCUGCGUGUUCUGGCUGUUGACGAUGAUCGGACUUGUCUCAAGUUGUUGGAGAAUUUGCUUCGCAAAUGCAAAUAUAACGUUACGACAACUACAGAAGCAGUGAAAGCGCUAGAAAUGUUGAGGGAAAAUAGAAAUAUGUUUGACCUUGUUAUUAGUGAUGUAAAUAUGCCAGAAAUGGAUGGAUUUAAGCUCCUUAAGCAAGUUGGACUUGAAAUGGAUGUACCAUUUAUCAUGUUGUCAGGAAAUGGUGAUAAAGAGAGGGUGAUGAAAGGUGUGAUACACGGCGCUUGUGACUAUCUAAUGAAACCGAUUCGAAUGGAAGAACUUCAGAACAUAUGGCAACAUGUAGUGAGAAAGAGAAAGAAGAUUGAAAGCAAGGAUCAGAAUAAAGAUGCCGUUGCUCAUGAGGAGAAAAUCAGCAAUGUGGAUGGGGUAUCUGAUCCAGGCACCACAUCUGAAAAUAUUGCUAACAAGAAUCAAAUCCGAGGACCUAAAAGAAAAGAACGAAGCGAGGAAGAAGAAGAAGAAGAAGAAGAGGAGCAGGAGGAGGAGGAAUCGGAAGAAGAUAAUGAUGACGAGAAUGAUGAGCAACGCUCGACUCGGAAGAAACCUCGUUUCAUUUGGGAUAACGACUUGCAUAAACAAUUUGUUUCUGUAGUUAGUCAACUAGGACUAGACAAGGCUUAUCCUAAGAAAAUACUUGACUUAAUGAAUGUUGAAGGGCUUACAAGGGAAAAUGUAGCUAGCCAUCUGCAGAAAUACAGACUUAGUCUGAAAAGACCAACUAAACAGGCUAGAGUAGAUGCUGCACUCGAUUCUCACCCACAAAUGGGUUCAGUGGGUGGGUUUUGCUCCUUGUCUGGAUCAAGAAGAAUCUUAAGUAGCACACCAUAUGCAUCUAGCGACAUAUUUAGUCGGCUAAACACACCAUCUAGAUUGAACUUGAAAGGAAUUAAUUCUUCCGCACCAGUCCUUGCGCUUCAAUCUCCAAACUUUAACAGUUUCAAGCAGCGGAUGUUUUCUGCAAAAGAAAGCUCAAGUUUUUUACAAGGCAUCCGAACAUCUAUGUCGAUGAACCAGUUUCAGCAGAACAGUUAUCCAACCGGUAAUAUGAAGUUAAAUCCAAUUGAUGAUUCAAGUGCAUUUACAGCUUCCACUAGCUUUCAAAAUAUCAAAGCUACUGUUAGUAAUGCUAAUAGUUCUCUUUCCUGCAUCCCAAGUAAUCACCUGCUAACACAUAAUUCAAGACUGUUCAUAAAUCACUCUUCUGUUGGAGGUGCUGCUGUGAAAACAGAACUUUUUAACCAUGCCACAAGCGGUUCCUCUAAUUCAUUAGAUUAUAAUCGGCUCAGCGAAAGCUGGAAGAGUUCAGCUCAGUUUUCUAACUUUGCUGCCAAUUCUUCUCCACUGAGUGGGAAUUUUAACAAUGAUCAAAUGUCUCACAAUAACUUAAAGUUUUCCUCUCUCAGUGCGCAUUUUAGGAAAACUCCAGUUGAUUUUUCUUCGACGAGCGCCGUUACUGUUCCUUCGGAGGAAAUGAUGCAAUGUCAAGAUGGAUUACUUGAGAGUGUUGUAAAGGGUGCAUGUUACCUGCAGCAGCAAAAUGCGGGUUCUGCCUUCAAUACUACCUUGGAUUCUCUAGCUUCUCCUAAUGGAGACAAUAGUUCCAUGGGACAUAGUUUAGCCCAAAAUAAUAGUCUGCCAACUACUCAGAUGCCUGAAGUUGAGAAAUUCUAUUCAGAUGCAAGAAUUGAAUCAAAUGGUGAUUGCUUUUUUGAGCAAAUGCUUUCUCUAGAAGGAUUCAUUCAGAGUAAUUAUGCCUCCUUGGAUGACACAAUAAGUUAAAGGAUCAAAUAGGUAUGUAUGAUAAAAGUAUUCUUGUCUUUGGUUCACUUUUAAGCAUAUUAGUUUCUUUUUAACUGUGUUUCAUACGGUUCUGGUUUUCGACUGAAAUAAAGUGUUUCAUCAGUUGUUUUAAGUAUAACAUUUCAUGAAAAUCUGUUUAUUAUGCAGUGUCAAAAUCAGAAAAUUUGAUGCACAGUGUUGGAUCAUGCAGCUGAUUCCUUCCGAUGUACCAAGAUUCUCAAAGUCAUGGAAGUUAAUCUUGUUUUCGAGUUUUUCAUCAAGUGGUUUAAC